ACCCUGAAAACAUGUGCCACAUUUGAAUGUCAGAAAACGGCGACAAGAUUUUGCUGCAGUUGAAACAUAAUGGUCAGCCACUACAGGUCGAUUCUUUGUCCGGUGAUCAUAGUGUGUCUGAUCUUAAAAAUGAAGUGUAUAAAAUAACCAACAUUCUACCGGAAAAUCAGAAAAUCUUAGGCCUCCGUACAACAAACAGUGUGUCUGUAUUCGCUUCUAAUAUUUUUUAAUUUCGUAGAUGAACCGGUAACAGACUCAACAAAAUUGUCAUGUCUUGUAAUCAAGGCCAAUACGAAAUUAAUGUUAAUUGGAUCAACUCAGGAAGCAAUCCUUAAGGUUAACAGUGCUAAAGAUAGUCCUGAGGUUGUCGAUGACUUCGAUUUCAAAGAAGAAGACUUAGACUUAUGCGAUGUGUGAGUUCAUCGAAUUCGAGGUAAAUUUUUAGUCCAGAGAAUAUUGAAAAAGUUGAGAAACGCUGUAAAGCUUAUCGUCCUCGUAAAUUAGCAGAAUUUAGAGCUGGUAGAAAUCUGCUGGUUCUGGACAUCGAUUAUACAAUUUUUGAUCACCUAACACCAGCUGAAUCAGCACAUCAAUUAGCUCGUCCGUACUUAAUGGAGUUUUUAACACGCGCCUAUGUACAUUAUGAUAUUGCGAUAUGGUCUGCUACAAGUAUGACAUGGAUCCUAGCAAAAUUAAGUCAAUUGGGCAUCAUUCCUAUGCAUAUAGCUAAAACAUUUCAACAUCGAAUAAGUCAAGUUGAUAGCUCUAGUUCAACAGUUAGUAGUGUAAUGACUUCAGAUGAGUGGAUCGCAACUGGCAGAUUAUUUCAAAUAGCUUUACUGCUCGAUUCAUCGGAUAUGAUUAGUGUUAAUUUUAGUGAACGUGGUAUCAAGGAAGUUAAACCAUUAGCAGUCAUUUGGAAAAAUCAUCCUCAAUGGGGACCACAUAAUACAAUUAUGUUCGAUGAUGUUCGUCGGAAUUUUAUUAUGAAUCCUCAGAGUGGAUUGAGAAUCCGUUCAUAUCGUGACGCCCACGUGAACUGUUCGCGUGAUCGUGAAUUACUUCAUUUAAUUGAUUAUUUAGAAUUGAUUGCCCAACAGGAGAAUGAUUUCACCAAAUUAAAUCAUAAUAAUUGGGAACAUUAUGUACAUAAAUAUCGUAAACAAUUGAAACUAUUAAAAAGUCCACAAAAACACUUGAUGAAACAUCAUGAAGAAAGAAGUAAUCCAAUAACAACAAGUAGUGAUCCAUCAUCUACUGUACAGUCGACUACUUCUUUAACGUUACCUUCUUCUUAUUCAACCUCCUCUCCUUUGUCUUCCUCGUCAUCAUUAUCGACGAUUUCUUCACAAAAUACGACGACUGGUGAAUCUUCCCAUGUUCUUGACACUCCUGCUUCUUGUAGAAUAAUUACUUCUCCUUCUCCUGCUCCUCCUACAACCACUUCCUCUCAAUCGGGCCAGAAACGUGCACAUGACACCAGUAGUUGUUCAAAUGAAGAAGACACCAUCAGUCAUCACAAUGAUCAUCAUCAUCAUCAGUCAACAGAGAAUGACAGUGAACUAUGUGAUGUUGUCGUGGAAAGUGUGGUCGACUCGUCAAAGUCAUUGCAUAAAACAAGUUCUUCUUGAAAUAAUGCCAUUCAGUAGAGGACUCAAGUGUAUAUUGAAAGCGCUAAUUAACACACACACCCACACAUAGUACUAUUGUGACUAUUAUUGUUAUCAUUAUUAUUACUAUUAUUACUGUGUUACCCUUAAUUACUACUUUAUCUAUGCCAUCGAUGGUUUUUGAGAAAAAAUGAGCAUCUAUGAGAAAAAAAGCAGAAGAAAGAACCGUAUACAUGUUGAUAAUUGAGUCUUAUUUUUUGUGUGCUGUUUAAUACAGACUGAUUGGGUUAUAAUAAUACUACUACUAGCAAAAAUAACAGCAAUAAUACUAGCCUAUGUUUUAUUUAUUAAAUUAUUG